AUGGGAUCGUCAGCAUAUUCACCUCUGGAUCAAUUCAUGCAACCAAAACUGCACGGGAAGACCGGAGUCAGGAGGAGGAAUCAAGGAAGACCACCCAGUGCUGCAGACAAGGCAGAAGUGCCUCACUUGUGCUGGCUCACUGUAAAAAUUAUAAGGGUGAGAAAUGUCCACAAAGCUGACCUGGUGAGUCAAACGGAUUGCUACGUGAAGCUAUGGCUGCCAACAGCCUCAUUUCAGGAAGCCCGGACAAGAACCGUGCACAACUGCAAAAACCCUGUCUGGAAUGAGACUUUCCACUUUAUUAUACAGAGGGCAGUUAAGAAUAAUCUGGAGCUGACAGUCUGUGAUGAAGAUACUUUCACACCAAAUGACCAGCUUAUGACCGUUUGCUUUGAUGUAGCUAAAAUCCCGCCUGGAGAAAAAGUUCACCUGGUUUUUGAAUUGAAUCCAGAGAAUCGGGAAGAGCUGGAAGUGGAAUUUUUACUGGAAAACAUUCCAGAUGUAUCUGAAAACAUCAUUACUAAUGGCGUAUUGGUGUCUCGAGAAGUUUCCUGCUUGGAAGUUCAGGUGGAUACAAUUAAAACGAAGAACCUUUUCACAAGGAGAGAUUUCACUUUCACAGUGAAAGGAUCCUAUGAAGGAAGGCAAGAUAUUUCCUUGGAUUGUGGUUCCAGCCAGAAAGGCAGCGAUACAGCCCUCUUCCACUACGCCAAGCACUGUCAACCCAGGCUGGAGAUGACACUGCCAAGAGAGAGCUUCUUCUGUGGUCAUAGCUUAGAUAAAAGGAAAAGAGAUGUGAGUAGUCCCCUGGUUGUGUCUCUGAAUUCCCUGGACUUGCGAGAGAAAGUAUCAAUAGCAAGGGGUGAAUCUUACGAUGUGCGUGUGAGGGAAGAAGAUGGAUGUAAGGACUUGGAUUUGCGCUUGGGGUUUGAUCUAUGUGCAGAGGAAAAGGAUUUCAUCUGUAAAAGGAAGAAAGUAGUUGCUGCUGCUCUGAAACAAGUUCUUCAGCUGGAUGAAGACCUGCAGGAGGACGAGGUGCCCGUGGUGGCCGUCGUCACCACAGCGGGGGGCGUACGGUCCAUGACCUCGAUGUUUGGCAGCCUUUUGGCUCUCCAGGAGUUGGGUGUUUUGGACUGUGUUUCAUACCUCAGUGGUUUAUCUGCCACAACAUGGACCAUGGCAAAGUUAUAUGAAGAUGCAAAUUGGUCACAAAAGGAUCUCAAAGGGACUGUUGAUGAUAUCAGGAGACAUGUGAUCAGAAGCAAGCUGCACUGUUUCUCACUGGAUCAUCUCAAGUACUAUGAAAAGGAGCUUUGUGAAAGGAAGCAAGAGGGGCACAAGGUGUCUUUCACAGAUCUGUGGGGGCUCUUCAUUGAUUCUAUGUUACAUAAUGAGGAAAAUACUCAUAAACUUUCUGAUCAGCAACUGGCACUGAAUCAAGGGCAGAAUCCACUGCCUAUCUACCUGUCUCUCAAUGUCAGAGAUGACUUUAGCACUCUGGAUUUUAAAGAGUGGGUGGAGUUCACACCUUUCGAGGUGGGUGCCCUGAAGUAUGGAGCAUCCAUUCGGGCAGAGGAUUUCGGCAGUGAGUUCUUCAUGGGUCACCUGAUGAAGAAGAUCCCAGAAUCCCGGAUCUGCUUUUUGGAAGGCACAUGGAGUAAUAUAUUUUCUCAGAGUUUUAUGGAUGCUGUCUACCUCUCAGGUCAUUCAGAGGACUUCUGGCACAGGUGGACCCGGGGCACUGAGCAUGAUAUUGAGGAGCAACCUGCUCUGCCCAAAAGGCCUCAUGAACAGACGACUUCCUUAUCCAUUCCCAAAGGCUGCCUUUCCAAUACUCUUCGAGACUUGAUGACAGAGAGGCCAGUGGUUUCAAACUAUCAUAAUUUCCUCAAGGGCUUGCAACUGCAUAAUGAAUACUUGGAAAAUGAUCACUUCUGCAUGUGGAAAGACACGAUACUUGAUUCUUCUCCCAACCAACUAACUGAAAUGGAUGACUACCUCAAGCUGGUGGAUACAGCUUUCUUCAUCAAUACCAGCUGCCCACCCGUUUUGAGGCCAGAGAGGAAAGUGGAUGUCAUUUUGUAUUUGAAUUACAGCGGGGGAUCACAGACCCUGCCACUGGACCUGUUCUCCGAGUACUGCACGGAGCAAGGCAUCCCGUUCCCCCGGACGGAGCUGAGCGAGGACGACCGGGAGCACCUGAAGGAGUGCUACCUGUUUGAGGACAACGCGGAGGCACCGGUCUUGCUCUAUUUCCCAUUGGUGUGUGACACCUUCCAAAAAUACAAGGCUCCUAAUGUGGAACGCAGUCCCAUGGAAAAGGAUCAGGGGAAAGUAAACGUGUCCGGUUGUGCCGUUCCAUAUGGCACUGGUCUACUUACAUAUACUGAAGAAAACUUCAACAGGCUGUUGAACUUGUGCAACUACAACAUCCUCAAUAAUAAACAUUUAAUUCUUCAGGCUUUACGAACUGCAGUAGAACGAAAGAAGCUGUUUAAAAGCUGUUCAUUACCUCGAUCAUCUAAACUCUGUUAAAAUAUGUUUUGACCAAUG